GUAUUACUUCAGAGAACAAUUCGACGGCUGUGAAGUCAAAAUCAAGGUCAUAGGAACACGUAUCUUUACCGCUCAGGAAGAAGAAUUAUACCUGCCCAAAGUUGUGAAAGACGGGCAGAUAAGUGUUGAUUUGCGAAAUGUAACAUUCGAUGGAUUUGUUGCCCUGAAUCCCGAAGUGGACGCGGCGGAUAUCGUGGUUUUUCUCACGGGGUACAGUUUGCUAUACAGCAAUGAUGAUAAGAACGUGUACUCCCCAGACGAGUCCAGAAUUUGCACUCGGGACAAAUACAUUGUGCUCACUGAUCAAGCCUUUAGUUACUCUGCAUACGACGACCUUGCAUGGAAGCUGGGAAGCAAGAUGGGAGUUGAAGAGUACGAUCCUUCCGGGAAUGUUUGCCUCCGCAUUCAGAACGCAUACAGACAGUCUCUCACCGGGAAUGCGGUUUCAAAUGGAGAGCCCGUCCUCUGUUACAACACAAUGAAUACCUGCUGCCUACCACAUUUCUACGGAAUAUACAACCUACGCAGAGAACCUUUUUGCAAGCGUUACAACGGCUGGGAGGUAGCUAGCACAGAUACGGAUCUAGACAACGAGGGAGGAAAAUACAUGUGCGAGUUCACAUGCCUAGAAGAAAAGGGACAUGAAGUGGGAGGUCCAGCACCCGUAGGAACGGUGAAGAAAGCGACGUCGGAGUAUUGGACCCGAUCUCUACUUUGCCCUUCAGACGAGGAUGUGAUCUGCGACCCUUUUGGAUAUGAUCGUCGUCUUGGUCGUCAGCCCAAGCGUACGUACAAGCAUUUCAAAAAGGCAAUCAUCAAUGCGUGGGAAUUGGACGACUACGAAGUUCCAGAAACAGAUGUGACAUUCUGCAUGCAAUAGGGAACACUGUUUUCAGGAGUCAGAAUAAAGGUUUGGACAUUGCGUUCAUAACAGGAA